AAAAAACCUGAGUGCUUCUUGCUCUAUGUCUGUUCUUGAAUUUCCCACUUAGACCUGUACUAAAGAUGUUGUCACGAAAUAUUUUAAUUGCCUCAGUAGCAUUUGUCUUUCUGGUCACAGCAGUUGCAGCUGCUCCUGUUGAAGAUAAAGAACCAGAGGAAAAUGAUUUUGAAGCAGAGGAGGGUGAGGAAGAGCUCUCGGAGGAAGAAGAGGAUGAUGAUGACUCCAAAGGUCAACAUAUGAAGGGAGCUGGAGCCCAACAAGCCACAAUGGUGCCCAAGGGCCCUGGUGUGACUGUUCUACCUGGCACUUCUGUGGUGGGCGAACCUCCAAAUGGUCCCAAAGUGAAUGGAGUUGGCGCGGCACAGACAAGCCUGGGCUCAUCAAGUGGCUCCUUAUCAACAGGAACUGGUACUGAGGGAAGUAAUGGAAGAGACUCUCAAACUUUGCCCUCAAGUUCUCAAGGUGCUGUUUUAAGUGUGGCUGGUCACGGGAGCUCAGGGUCAAAAGUCCCUGCUGCAGCUGAUACUGCUUUCUUAGACAAUGUUUCUCAUGGGUCUUCAGGCCAAGUGUCUUUAAUCCAUGUGUCAGGUUUAAUGACAUCAGAACAUACAAGUGGUUCAGCUUUUGUUUCUUCUGAAAUCCAGUCACAAACAGAAGUGUGGUCAGAAGCAACAACUACAGAUGGAUCUACUCAUGACAAUGCCGAAAUUCAAACUGUUCAUAUUGGAUCUCAGAUCGAAGCUCCAGGCUUAGAGUCAGUAUUAGAGAAUACAGAGACUGAGAGCAACGGUAAUGGGCACAAACAACUUAUGAAUGGACAGGAGACAGGACACCCAGGCAUGAAUAAUUUCAUGGAAGGCACGACACAGAUAGAUUCCACAGACGGGUUUGACUCAUUUGGUUCUAAUCUGGAAAUGACAGGUAUUAUGGACCAUUCCAGCCAUGACUUCCUCAUUGGUUUAAUGGGUGGCAUAGGGGACGGCUUUGCUCCAGACACCUACACUGACACUAUAGCAGAUCACAUGGGACUUGCCUUUCAGGUCAAGACAACAGGAGCUGGGUUAGAUCCUGGACUACCAGCCAUUAUCAGUUCAGCUCGACCAGCUCCUGACUCAGCAGGAAACGAGCCAGCUGCGUCUACCAGUGUCCUCUUUGACAAUGCUGCUCAAUACAGCUCCCCUGCAGACAUAACAGAGGGUGCAGAUAAGAAUGGUGCUGAUUCAUCCAAUAUAAACGGAAAUGGCCGUCUCAGACCGGUUCCAGACAUACACAAAGGUGAUCCCCCUGGAACAGGCAUCUACCUUUAUUCAAGUGAACAUCACGGACUUAUCACGCACACAGACACAGCAGGAACGCUGGAUCUUAAGGACCCCACUAUAAGUCCCAUCAGCGAAAUCCCUUCUGAAACUGCAGUCACGUUGCAUGCCGUCAGCAUGGGAAUGCAAACGGACGUGACAGCAGGUUUAGUAGGUGGACCAGUGACCAAUGGACAGAGAAGGAUUGAUGUAACAAUCAUGCAGGAUGCCAUCUACAGCUCUGUACCACCGGGUACUUUAGGAUACGAGAGCACUGGCGUAACUGAAGGAAUCUCAAAUCAUACAGAUUCUCUGAUUGAAACGAGAGUCGGAUUUACAGAUGCAGCACAGACACAAAGUAGUGUGAUUCAGACAGAGCUCAUAGUCACAGGGGAUCCAGCUAGAGUCUCCUCACAGACAGAUGCUACAGGAACAGCUGUAGCAGAACCUCACGGGACUCUCAGGGGUCUAAACCAACCUGGUGCUACGGAACAGACACAACCAGCUGUUUCAGCAGGUGAACAGUACCACACCUCUGGUCAGGGUCCUGAAGGUGCAGAAAAUGUGGAACUGGAAGAUACCUGCUGAUUUUCACAUGAAGCCACGUGUGAGGUUUCUGCGCUACAGAUUUCAGUGUACGGACCAGACGGCCUGGCAGAGGGACAGCGACGCCAACCACUAGCCUUAGCUUUGAUUCAUGUGUCUCAGUUUUUUAUGUUUAACUAUUUAAACAUCAAGAUGACACUGAAAUGAACACUUUAUUUCACCUGUUUGUAAUUAAUUGGCCACAUUAUAUUAAAUUUUCAAUGCGAAGGGAAGAGGGACAAAUUUAUUCAUGGGGGGAAAAUAAAAGUCUGAUUGAUGUGUUAAAAACACACAUUUCAAAUAGCUUCUUUCCUCAUGUAUUGCUGUAAGUCCAUACCUAGCUGCAUGAGUACUAUUCUCUACAAGUGUCAUAUUGUACAUUUCUAAAUGUCAUUUGAAAAUCACAUUAAAUGUAACAUCUAUUUUCAA